GGAUGUAGACAUAAAUUGGAUAGAGAGAUAACAGACCAUGGCAGCAGACAUUUUCUACCACCACCAUAUUCUUUUCAUCUUUGCUUUUACAGAUUCUUUAUGAGUUUAUAUGAACCAAAACUCUUCUUUUUAGUUAUUCAUAAAAGAAAAUUUCUUAAUUAUUGACAAAAGUUGUGUUACUUGAAUAACAAUUAGCUUGUAAUUUUCAUAUUAACGAAACAUCCAAGAUUCUUUGUCUGGGGUUGUUUUUUGCUUUAUCCUGGUGUAAUUACUUUGGAGAAUCUUGAUUUUGGCCCAUUGUUUUUUGAGCUUAACUUGGUAAUAAUCAAAUUUGGAAUCUUUGGGAUGGGAUCCCUUGAUUCUUUCUUUGGCUUUUUGCUGUUUCUUAUCUUGUUCAUGAAUUCUGGCAUUCCCCUAAUUUGAAGGAAGAUAGCAUCAAAUUCUAACUUUUCACCUUCUUUAUUCCUCUCAUCACAUCUUCUUAACUAAAGUUUGAAACUUUACUGAUGUUAGGUUCAGUAGACUGCUGAUUCUUGAAAAGGGGUUAGGUGUUUGAUGUGUUUUGGAUGAGUUUGUUUUAUGUUAUUGGGUUUGGUUUGAAAUUGGGUAGCCUAAUUUUGACUCUAUGUUGCUGGUUUCUGUCUCUGAUUUUUUCCAUGAAUGGUGAAGUUAUGACUAGCAGCAAGACUUUGCUUGGUGAUGGAGAGCACAUAGUGAAGAAAUUGUGGGAUUUGAGUGCUAAGAUUUAUCAUUGUUACCCUCAGUAUGUUGGAAAUAGGAAAGUGGGAAACAAGUGGUGGAGGAAGCUUUUGAUAGUAUGGUUAUUAUUUUGGAUUGUUGUUUCUUUUUCAGUCUUGUGGUAUAUGAACUCUAAAGCUGUUGAAAAGAGAAAAGAAACACUCACAAGUAUGUGUGAUGAAAGAGCUAGGAUGUUACAAGAUCAGUUUAAUGUUAGUAUGAACCAUGUGCAGGCCAUGUCCAUUCUCAUCUCAACUUUCCACCAUGCCAGGAAUCCUUCUGCUAUUGAUCAGUGUACUUUUGCAAGCUAUACAGAAAGAACAGCAUUUGAGAGGCCUCUUACAAGUGGGGUGGCAUAUGCAGUAAGAGUGCUCCAUUCAGAAAGAAAAGAGUUUGAGAAGCGACACGGUUGGAGUAUUAAGAGAAUGGAUACACGUGAACCAACUCCAGUUCACAAAGACAAUGAGUAUGAUAGAGAUGGCCUGGAGCCAUCUCCAAUUCAGGCAGAAUAUGCCCCUGUUAUUUUUGCACAGGAUACGAUUGCACAUGUAAUUUCUGUUGAUAUGCUCUCUGGAAAGGAAGAUCGCGAGAAUGUUUUACGUGCAAGGGAAUCAGGAAAGGGUGUCCUCACAGCUCCAUUCAGACUACUUAAAACAAAUCGCCUUGGGGUGAUAAAGACAUUUGCAGUUUACAAAACUGAUCUUCCUUCUAAUGCAACUCCAAAUGAAAGGAUCCAGGCAACUGACGGGUAUCUUGGUGGAGUACUUGACAUUGAAUCACUUGUAGAGAAGCUUCUUCAGCAACUUGCAAGCAAACAAACUAUCCUUGUAAACGUCUAUGAUACAACUAAUAUCUCCCACCCUAUUAGCAUGUAUGGUUCAAAUGUGUCGGGUGAUGGUCUGGAGCAUGUCAGUGCCCUCAACUUUGGGGAUCCAUUUAGAAGGCAUGAGAUGCGUUGCAGAUUCAAACAGAAACCACCGUGGCCUUGGCUAGCCAUCACAACAGCGACAGGAAUCCUCAUAAUUGCAUUGCUUAUAGGGCAAAUAUUUCAUGCAACCAUCAACAGAAUCGCCAAAGUUGAGGAUGAUUAUCAUCAGAUGAUGAUGCUGAAAAAACGUGCAGAGGCUGCUGAUGUUGCAAAGUCACAGUUUCUUGCUACUGUUUCCCAUGAAAUCAGGACCCCCAUGAAUGGUGUUCUUGGCAUGCUUCAUAUGCUUACGGACACCAAUCUAGAUGUGACGCAACAAGAUUAUGUCAGCACUGCUCAGGCCAGUGGUAAAGCUUUAGUUUCGCUCAUAAAUGAGGUUUUGGACCAAGCAAAGAUUGAAUCUGGUAAGCUUGAGCUCGACGCAGUUUGUUUUGACGUGAGAGAUACGCUGGAUGAGGUUCUGUCACUCUUUUCGGGGAAAUCUCAAGAAAAAGGAGUUGAGUUGGCCGGUUACAUCUCUGAUAAGGUUCCUGAUGUACUCAUUGGUGACCCUGGACGGUUUCGUCAGAUUAUCACAAACUUGGUGGGGAACUCUAUCAAAUUCACUGAAAAAGGUCAUAUAUUUGUGACGGUCCAUCUCGUCGAGGAAGUGACAGAGUCAGCCGAGGAGUUCAAGGUAAAUUCAUUGUUCAAGAGCACUUUGAGUGGAUCGCCUGUAGCCGAUAAGCGACAGAGCUGGAGAAGUUUCAUGGGUUUCAAUCAAGAAGGAUCUUCUUUCACAUCUUCCUCGUCGGACCAGAUCAAUCUAAUGGUGUCAGUAGAAGACACUGGUGUUGGAAUUCCUUUAGAUGCUCAAUCUCGUAUAUUCACCCCCUUCAUGCAGGUUGGUCCUUCUAUUGCUCGCACCCAUGGGGGAACUGGUAUUGGACUUAGCAUAAGCAAAUGUUUGGUACAGCUUAUGAAAGGUGAAAUUGGGUUUGUAAGUUUGCCAAAGAUUGGAUCCACCUUUACUUUUACUGCUGUUUUCACCAAUAGCCGCAAUAAUUGGAAUGAGAAGAAGAGCCAGCAAAUAAACAAUCAAUCGAACUCUAUUUCUUCAGAUUUCCAUGGCUUGAGAGCCUUAAUUGUCGACCCAAGAACUGUCCGUGCAAGGGUCUCACAGUAUCACAUGAAACGACUUGGAGUCCAUACUGAAGUGGUCUCAGAUUUGAAUCGUGGUUUGUCUCAUGUAAGAACUGAAAAUGGAGUUACGAAUAUGAUCCUCAUUGAACAGGAAGUCUGGGAUGCUGAUUUGGGAAAGUCAAGUCUUUUUGUCAAAAACUUAAGAAAGAUCAACGCCAGUAGUUCUCCCAAACUUUUCAUAUUAGCCAAUUCUAUAAAUUCUAGCCGAGCGGGUGUCUCAGUCAACGGUUUUCCUACUCCAUUUAUCAUCAUGAAGCCAUUAAGAGCAAGUAUGCUUGCUGCAUCACUCCAACGUGCCAUGGGCGUUGGUAACAAGGGAAAUUGUACAAAUGGAGAGCUCUCUGGUAUCUCUCUUUCCAAGCUCCUUCAGGGGAGAAAAAUUUUGAUUGUGGACGACAACAACGUGAACCUUAGAGUAGCUGCUGCUGCACUGAAGAAGUAUGGUGCUGAUGUUAUCUGCACAGACAGUGGGAAAAAAGCACUCACUUUUUUACAACCACCUCAUCAAUUUGAUGCCUGUUUCAUGGAUAUUCAGAUGCCAGAAAUGGAUGGGUUUCAGGCUACAAAAAUAAUCCGCGAAAUGGAAUCUGAUAUCAAUAGCCGUAUCAAACUUGGGCAACUACCUCCUGAAGCAUACGGAAAUGUUUCAAGCUGGAAAGUGCCCAUUCUGGCCAUGACUGCUGACGUAAUUCAAGCUACAAAUGAACUGUGUCAAAAAUGUGGAAUGGAUGGUUAUGUUUCAAAGCCAUUUGAGGCUGAGCAGCUUUAUGAAGAAGUAUCACGCUUUUUCCAGAUCAAGCCAACUCAGAAUACCUGAAGAGCAUUCCUGAUGAAUUCUUACGAUCAACCUCGAGUAGAAAUGCCAUCGACUUCAUGGUGCCUCAAGGUCGUUCACACUUUCUUUUUUUCCAACUGUGAGUUCUCUAUGUCCCAAGCACGAUUACUUCUGCAAGGUUAGAUACUUGUUCAAAAUCUUGGUGUCCACCACUUGGAUUCGACUGCAUUCUUUUUCAGGGAAUGAAUCUCUGAAAUGUACAUAAAACUUGAAGGAUUGACAUAUUCCAAGCUCGAGGAGCGGAGGAGGAGUUGGGCUUCUCUCAUCAAGAAAGAAAUAUUACAAUCCUUUAGAUGCUUUAGGCUUGUUAGAAAGGAUGUUUGCCUGGAGAGUGGUUAUAUAGUUUAUAUAGCAACAAACAUUGUUUGUAACAGAAAUAUGUUGUCAUGUAUAUUCUCAAAUCUACAUAGGGAAUUAGUCAUAAUAGGUGAAAGAAAAAGUUUUAGUUCAGUAAGUCAUAGUUGGCAUAAACUUAGGGACAGCAAACAGUUGAAUUUGCUAUUUUUUCCCCCCCCCUUUUGUGUAUAGUAGAAAAAACAAGUUUGAUGUAGGCACAUUUUGAUAUCAAGUAUAAAAGUAAGUUGCAAUUAUUUGCAUAUGUA